AUGAAUUCUUUAUUUCUUUUCAUCAUGACUUCUUAUUUUUCUGUGAAUUUGUUUCUUUCUUCCCGUUUUUCUUAUUUUUCUGGGAAUUUCUUUCUUACUUCACGUCUUAUUUUUCUGGGAAUUUCUUUCUUACUUCACGGCUUUCUUACUUUUCUGAGAAUUUCUUUCUUUCUUCACGCCUUUCUUAUUUUUCUGCGAAUUUCUUUCUUAAUUCCAAAUUUAUUUCUUUCUUCGCGUUUUUCUUAUUUUUCUGGGAAUUUCUUUCUUCACGUCUUUCUUAUUUUUCUACGAAUUUCUUUCUUAAUUCCAGUCUUUCUUAUUUUUUGGGGAAUUUCUUUCUUACUUCACGGCUUUUUUUUUUCCGGGAAUUUCUUUCUUUCUUCACGUUUUUUUUAUUUUUCUGGGAAUUUCUUUCUUUCUUCACGUUUUUUUUUAUUUUUCCGGGAAUUUCUUUCUUUCUUCACGUUUUUUUUUUAUUUUUCUGGGAAUUUCAUUCUUUUUUCCCGUCUUUCUUAUUUUUCUGGGAAUUUCUUUCUUACUUCCCGUCUUUCUUAUUUUUCUGGGAAUUUCUUUCUUUCUUCCCGUCUUUCUUAUUUUUCUGGGAAUUUUUUCUUUCUUCCGUCUUUCUUAUUUUUCUGCGAAUUUCUUUCUUUCUUCCGUCUUUCUUAUUUUUCUGGGAAUUUCUUUCUUUCUUCCCGUCUUUCUUAUUUUUCUGCGAAUUUCUUUCUUUCUUCCCGUCUUUCUUAUUUUUCUGCGAAUUUCUUUCUUUCUUCCCGUCUUUCUUAUUUUUCUGGGAAUUUCUUUCUUUCUUCCCGUCUUUCUUAUUUUUCUGGGAAUUUCUUUCUUUCUUCCCGUCUUUCUUAUUUUUAUGGGAAUUUCUUACUUCACGUCUUUCUUAUUUUUAUGGGAAUUUCUUUCUUACUUCACGGCUUUCUUAUUUUUAUGGGAAUUUCUUUCUUUCCUGAAUUUUUAUACUCAAUUAAUGUCUUUGUUUUUUCUUCUUCCUUUCUUUUCGUCUAUUUUUACAUUCAUUUCUUCAUCUGCACAGUCGUCUAUCGUUCUAAAUUUGAUAUUUCUUUACUUAUUUUGUUUCUUAUUCGUUUUUUUUUGUUUUUAUCAGAUUGUUCCUUUCUUCUUUCUUUCUUUCAUUCUUUACUUUUUUCUUUUUUUUCUUUAAUUUUUUCUUCAAGUUUUUUUUCCUUCGAUCUUCAUUUAUUUGUUUUCUUUUCAGAGAUUUCAUUUUUUCGUUCUUACCUGGUAUUUUGUUUUCUUUCUUUCUUUUCAUCUACUUUUUCGUAUGGAUUCACCGUACACAUUUAUAAAGCUUUUUCGUAUGGAUUCACCGUACACAUUUAUAAAGCUUUUUCGUAUGGAUUCACCGUACACAUUUAUAAAGCUUUCUCGUCUGAAUUCAUCGUACACAUUUAUAAAGCUUUCUCGUCUGGAUUCACCGUACACAUUUAUAAAGCUUUCUCGUCUGAAUUCACCGUACACAUUUAUAAAGCUUUCUCGUCUGGAUUCACCGUACACAUUUAUAAAGCUUUCUCGUCUGAAUUCACCGUACACAUUUAUAAAGCUUUCUCGUCUGAAUUCACCGUACACAUUUAUAAAGCUUUCUCGUCUGGAUUCACCGUUUAUAAAGCUUUCUCGUCUGAAUUCACCGUACACAUUUAUAAAGCUUUCUCGUAUGAAUUCACCGUACACAUUUAUAAAGCUUUCUCGUCUGGAUUCACCGUACACAUUUAUAAAGCUUUCUCGUCUGAAUUCACCGUACACAUUUAUAAAGCUUUCUCGUCUGAAUUCACCGUUUACACUGGAUUCACCGUACACAUUUAUAAAGCUUUCUCGUCUGAAUUCACCCCUCGUCUGACACCGUACACAUUUAUAAAGCUUUCUCGUCUGAAUUCACCGUACACAUUUAUAAAGCUUUCUCGUCUGAAUUCACCGUACACAUUUAUAAAGCUUUCUCGUCUGGAUUCACCGUACACAUUUAUAAAGCUUUCUCGUCUGGAUUCACCGUACACAUUUAUAAAGCUUUCUCGUCUGUUCACCGUGGAUAAAGCUUUCUCGUCUGAAUUCACCGUACACAUUUAUAAAGCUUUCUCGUCUGAAUUCACCGUACACAUUUAUAAAGCUUUCUCGUCUGGAUUCACCGUACACAUUUAUAAAGCUUUCUCGUCUGAAUUCACCGUACACAUUUAUAAAGCUUUCUCGUCUGAAUUCACCGUACACAUUUAUAAAGCUUUCUCGUCUGGAUUCACCGUACACAUUUAUAAAGCUUUCUCGUCUGAAUUCACCGUAUUUAUAAAGCUUUCUCGUCUGAAUUCACACAUUUAUAAAGCUUUCUCGUCUGGAUUCACCGUACACAUUUAUAAAGCUUUCUUGUCUGAAUUCACCGUACACAUUUAUAAAGCUUUCGUCUGA